UAAAACUUUCAUUAGAAUUUAAGUUCGUAUUCAACAUCGAAAAGAAAAAUUGGAUUUUGAUCACGAAAUUAUAUCGGAACGGCUUUCGACCAAAACAGUUGACAAAUCAGUGGCAAUACAUUUCUCAACUUUAGAAUAUGUUAGGAAUCGGAAGUUUGUGGAAUUUUAUCAAACGUCAUAAACGAAAAUUUAUAUUUGGAGGCAUUCUUGCUGGAGGUGGAUCAUAUUUUUACAGAUAUUUGCAAGAAAAAGUUAAAGAAAUACAAGAAAAGGAAGCUUCAGAAUGUUUAGCCCAUGCAAGAAAACAGCACCAUUUUGACAGUAACCAGAGAACUUGUAAUAUGACAGUUUUAUCCAUGGUGUCUACGCUUCGUGAGGCAUUGAUAAAAACAUUUAACACAGAAGAAAUAACAGAGCUAUUGAAAAAUAACCCAGAAAAUAAAUUACAGUUAUGGGAAGACUUGAAAAUAAUGAGUUUUGCCAGGACUGUCAGUAUUGUAUAUAGUUGUAGUAUCAUGGCCUUACUUUUAAGAGUCCAGUUAAAUGUGAUAGGUGGUUAUAUGUUCAUAGACAGUAUGCAUCAGCAAAAUGGAAAAACUGAAAAAAUAUUAAUUUCUAAAGAACUGCAGCAGAAAUAUUUAUCUGACAUUCAGCAUUUCUUCAGCACUGGAUUAACAGAAUUGACAGAAACAGUACAGCAUGUUGUUAGAAAGGAAAUAUUAAGUAUAUCGUUAAAGGAAAGAUUAACGAUAGAUAAUUUGCAAGCCAUACUUCAGCAGAUUAGAGAGAGAAUAGAAACAAGUCCCGAUAUAUCUGACUUAUCACCAACCUUUAUCUUAUGUAAAUAUAUGGUACCUUGUAUCCAGAUAUCUCAACAGGAUGAUGCCAUGUAUGCUAGGCUUCAUACAGAAACUAAAGAUAUAAUAGAAAGUGCUGACUUCCAUAGUGUAUUAAAGUUAUGUUUGGACCGAGGGUUUGCCAAGUUACUAGACAGUUUAGCAGACCAUUAUAAACACAUGUUAGAAGAUCAACAUAGACAAAAUUUCCAUGAAGUAGCAUUGCCUAUGGCCAAAUUAAUUCCUAUUGUGAGUGGGCUGUUGUAUAAACUUUGUAGUGAUGCUCCAAAUCCUUUGAUACAGGAGAUUUUAUUGUUAGAACCAACAAAGACUUUUGCUGCCAAUAUUUAUGAAGCUUUUAGUGAACAACAGACUGACCAGCUUGCAAUAUAACUGUACACCUGUGAUAAACAAUAUUGUCUCUAAUUUUUUCACAUAAACUAUUUUAUAAUAAAAGUGAAAAUGUACAUUUUUGGGUCAUUUGAUUGGUUGAAAUUCUAAAAACAAGAGUUGAAUGAUAUAAAACUGAUCAAUAUUUAAUGUCAAAAUAAAGGGUUAAAGGGUUUGUAAUGAUUAAAUGUGGCUUGAUAUACUGAUCCGUUAUUAUUCGUUGGAUACUAAUUUUUGGGAGCAGGUUAACCACAAUAUUAAAGGUUCAAUGAAUAACAAAUUUCCUUUAGGCUUGUUUACAGACUGUAAAAAAGCCACGAAAUUUAAGUUUUCUUUUAUCCCAGAAAACUGGUUCCAAUAAAAAUAAAUGAAUUCACAGUAGCAGUUUUAUAACUGUGACAGCUUGAAACAGAUGUCAUGUGACUAUUGGAAAGAUGUGCCUGCCUUAUUUUAGCCAAACUAGACAAAUUCAUUGAAUUUAUACAUUUAAUAUGCAUGUAGAUAAUUUCAAAAUACAAUCAUUCUGAACUCAAAUCUGACCUCUUUCUUUUAAUCUAUUAAGUUUUCUUUAUUUAUAAUAAUUAUUAUUACCAUUAUUGAUUAUGUAUAUAUUGUAAAUCACUAAGAUCAUGCCAUCUUGAUUGUAAUGAUGAGAAAAUUAAAUGAAAUAAAAUUUUG